CUCAGCUGCGCAGGCACAUACACAUCUUCACGCUGAAGGGCUGCUCCCACCACAAACUCCAUCACCACGGCAUUGAAGAUCGAACAUGACUCGUGUUGCCAUGGCUGCGGUCGGCGUGUGAUAUAUAUACAUAUAUAUGUAUAUAUGUGUAUAUAUGGAUAUAAUAUAUAUGUAUAUAUACAUAUAUAUGUAUAUGUGUAUAUAUGUACCCGUGAGGCGUCGGUGCGUCAAAGCGGCGGAGAAAUGAAUGGCGGAAAGGACUUUGAGGCGGGACCCCAGCGCCACGCGGUCCCGGUCCAGGUCCCUAUUGGCUGGCAGCGCAGGGCGGAGCCCAGCAAAGGAGUGAUCUACAUAAGUCCUAGCGGCUCCGUGCUUGCCAGCUACGACCACGUAAAAGCCUACCUGCUGACGGAUGGCACCUGCAAGUGUGGCCUGGAAUGCCCACUCGUCCUCCACAAGGUGUUCAGCUUUGACCCUGGGGCACUGGUCAAGCAGCGGACCGCGGAGGACGUGCGGUCAGACGAGGACGUCACCAAGCUGUGCAUCCACAAGAGGAAGCUGCUGGCGGUGGCCGCUCUGCAUCGGAGCAUCGAGACCCACCCGGCGCUCGUCACGGGGGCACCGGCCACCAUCCCCCCACAUUCCACCACCCAACGAGCAAUAAGAACUAUACCCCACGUUGGCCUGCCCCACCACGCCCUACCCGACUGCGAGAGCCCUUUCAAGAUGCUGCUCGCAGCUGGCCACCAGCACCAGCCACUGAGGCAGUACCAGGCCCACGAGGUGGCCGCAGCCCACCCAGGAGAGCUGUAUCCCGGCUACCCGAGGCCACACAGACUGGGGAGCGCGGACGCGGGACCAAAGUCCCCCUACAUGGUCGGAUACGGGGGUAUGCUGAGCCCACCUCCCUCCAGCUCCAAGCUGUACGGGGACGGGCCGCACUCCCCCACCACAGAGACCCUAGGGAGCCCUGACGGCGUACCGGGGGGCUACCGCACCACCCAGUGUGGUUUCCCCGGGGCCGUCUCCGUCCACGGGAACGGCAGGACGCCGCCGUCCCCGGCCAGCAUGCGGCGCCACGGCUCCCCGCUCGGCCAGUCGGCUUGUGCGAUGACGGGGAGGACUAGGGCGACGCUCUCCCCCACGGCCGCCGCCAAAAGCCCCGUCGUGAGCAUGCCGCGGACGGGUAACGUCCGCCACGGGACGGACGUCCCCCGCGCGGUGUUCCACCACAGACCGCAGCCCGCCCCUCCCCCGGGCGCCCCUCUGCAAGCACCACCACCUCCCGCCUGUGCCCUCCAGCCGAGGCUCAUGACCUCCUCUGAGAAAGACCCACUGGGCAUCCUGGACCCCAUCCCCAGCAAACCCGUCGGCCUCUGCCCCUCCCCCGGUUCCCCGAACCCCUCUGGCUUCCCGCCCGGCCUCCACUCUCAGGUACCGAUGAUGAAUGUAAACGCCCCCCCGCCCGCCAUCGUCCCCUUGGCGAGUAACUUGCCCGUACCCAUGGGCAAGACUGGACCCGCAGGCCACACGGGCCAUGUCCAGAGGUCCCACCAGGCCGGCCCCGCCCCCUCCAUGUCCCCGGCCCCCGUCACCUCCCCGGUCCACAUGUCCGGCCGAGUGGAGGCCUCCCCCCACCGUUCUCGGCCCCCGUCCACCUCCCUGGACCACGGGAACUUUGCCAUCCCCUCGGGGCACCAGGCCCACCCCGGGAGUGUGAAGGUACCGAGCUCCCCCCGGUCGGCCAUGUGCUCCCCUCUGCCGGCCAUGCCUUCUAGCCCCUCCUCCAACAAAGCCGACCGGCUCCACCAGUACAUCGACUCCCAGAUGCCGUCUGGCAUGGCCGGCUCCGUGGGAGCACCUCAGCGCGGUCACCCCAUGUUCUCCCCCCCGUCGUCCUCCCCUUCAUCACUGUCCACCCAAAGUGCUUCCCAGAAGGGCCCCCCAGGUCUCCUGGGCAUGCCCUUGAACCAGAUCCUCAACCAACAGAAAGCUGCCUCCUUCCCAGCCAGCAGCCUCCUGUCCGCCGCAGCCAAAGCACAGCUAGCAUAUCAAAACCAGCACGCCGCCGCGGACCACGGGCCCGCGGCCUUCUGCGGCGGCGCCGGCUCGGGGAACACGGUUCCGGGCGGUGGCGGAGGCGGCGGGGAAGUGACCGAAGCCGGCAGCCGGCCACUCGGCUUCCGGAGCAGCCCUCGAGGCAUGGAGGGACACGGCACUUUAAACCACAUGCUCCCGCCGCACGCCGCCACGCCCCUUAGCGCGCCCGAGGCCCAGAGCGGCCGGGCGGCGCUCCGGGACAAGCUGAUGGCCCAGCAGCGGGACCCCCUGAGGAAACGCAAGCAGCCGUCAGCCGCCAACCACGAAGGCGGCAACGGCAUGGCCUACAGCAUGCUUAGCAAACCCGGCCCGGGGGGUCCUCGGGUCCCAGCUCCCUGUGGCCCCGUGGAUCCACUUCGGCAGGGGGAUCGUGCAGUCGGCCUGCCGCCCAGCACCUCCAUGGCUCAGCUCCUCCAGUCCAUGAGCCACCAGGGUUCUCACCUCAUGGCUGGUGCUGGGCCGGGGCCCGGCCUUCACGCCGAGGGGCCCCCGGGAGCCAACCUGCUGCACUGCGGCGACGGCCCCAACAUGGGGGUCUCCCGCGGACCUCCGCAGCACCUCCAGGUUCAGCAGGGACUGCGUGGCCCCGGGGCGCCCACGCUGCUGCACAGCCAGAAAAAGGACGGGGCUCCUGGGGGCCAGCUGGGCCCUCGGCCUCACCCUCAUCCUCAGCAUCAACCCGGUCAGGAGAUGAUGACCCAGAUGCACGCGUCCGCCCUGGGGCACCGUGGUCCUCCGAGGCCCGGCGUCGGCCCUGAUGGCAUGCCUCUGGGCCACCUGGGCGCCCACCCGCCGCCGCUGUCCCACCCUGGCCCCUCCCUCCAGCAGCAGAACCUCCUCCACCACGGCAUGAGGCGGUCCGGCAUGGCGGCCAUGGCCCGCAGCGUCGGGGACGGAAGCUGUGGACUGGUCAACGCAGGUAACCCGUCACCUCUGAGCUGCAGCAUGGGUGGCAUGCAGUCGCUCGGCAGCGGCCCCGGGGCCCAGAUGUACCAGAAGCAGCUAAAACACCAACACCAACAGCUACAGCGGCAGCAGUUCCAGCAGGGCAUGCAGCACGCCGGCCCGCCACACCCAAACCACCAGCCCAACCACCCCUACCACCCCAACCACCCCUACCAGGGCCAGCAGCACUUCUCAGACCAUCCCCCCCACCCGGACGGCACCAACCUCAGCUCCAUGCCCUUCGUUUACCAGAACUAUCAGCAGGGGAUGAUGACCAACCAAGGCCAGUACGGAGACGGGCUCCAACCUCCGCGGCCACAGCAUCUGGAGCCUCCCUCCAAAGGCGAGGGGCUCUCAGCGGGGCCCCCGGGCGACCAAGCCGUGGACGCCAUCUACCGUGCGGUGGUGGACGCGGCCAGGAAGGGCGUGCACGUCACCAUCACCACCACGCUGAGCGGCACCACGCAGGCCGCCCCCUCCAUCGCCAUGAGCGCAUUCGCCGGCUCUGUCUGCGAGCCGGUCGGCCUUUCUCGGCCAAUCAGCUCCGCCCUCCACGGCCUCCGGGAGGUGGAGGCCCCGUCGAGAUGCAGAGGAGCGGGGCCGGGGGCGGGCCCGCCCCAGAAGACCCCAGACCCCGGGAAGGGGACGCCGGAGCCCAGCGACUUCUUCGGCUCCCCGGGCCGCGGGACCCCUAGGGGCCUGUGGGAGGGCGAGUUACGGCACGGGGGUUGGUUUGACGGCCAGAGCGGGGGCAACGCUGCGGCUUGGGGCGGGGAGGAGUUCCUGGAGUGCUCCACGCAGGUGAGGAGCAGCCCCUGCGCGGAGAGGCCUGCCGGCCCCGCCCCCAGGCCCCCCUGCCCCCCUGAGGUCUCCCAGGACCUCAGGAAGGGUUACCCUGACGGUGGCGGCGUCGGCUACCGCACCACCGACGGAGUCGUCGGCCGGGGCCACGCCCACUACAGCGAGCUCCCGGAUGUGGCGCUGGACCUCUGUGGCCAGCUGAAUGGGGCGGCGCCCGGGCGGCUCUACGUCUCCCGGGGGGGCUACGGGGACGCGCUGGGCCCGCCGAGGCAGGAGCUGACCGGGGACGACCAGUCGCCGGGCUCCUCCACCAGCCUGGACGGGCCCCUGGCCACGGGCCGGGACUACGGCCCCUACAACGGGCGCUGCUACGGCGGCGCGGUGGCCAGCCCCUCGGACACCAAGAGCCCCAGCAGCGAGGAGGAGCUGCGGGGCCCCGACUCACCCUACCGCGCCAGGGGCUUCCGUGUGGGCGAGGUGCUAUGGGGCCCACUGAGGGGCCUCCCCCCCUGGCCUGCCAGGCUGGCCGGGGAGCAGCAGGGGCAGCGCCCCCGGGAACAGGUCAAGGUCGAACCAGAAACACUUAAGACACUAACCCACGACCUGGAGGCCUUCGACCGGGCAACCAAACGGAACAGGAAGCCAGGGAAACUAAAUAACCAUUUGGAAGCUGCUAUCCACGAGGCCAUGAGUGAGCUGGAUAAGAUAUCGGGCACAGUCCACCAGAUGCCAUCAAGAGAGCGUCAGGUCCGAGCCCCCAAAGCCAAGAGGAGGAAGAUCUCCAGAUAACACUGAAUGUGCCACGCCCUCCCCCCGCACGCGUCUCCCAAGCCUUAUGCCACGUCGUCCCCUCCGGGCCUUCCCUCUUGACCUUUUGACCUCGCCUGGUGCUAUACACGCGGACAUCAGCAGUGCAUCGUGACAGUUGACUCGACCGACGAUACAUUUGUAAAUGCAAAAAAAUCCCUGAAAAAAACAGUUUGAGUUAACUAUUUUUUUUUCAAGAAAACUGUGGUAAAUCCGAGUGGAGAGAGUCAAGCGUACAUUACAUAUUUAAGAAGAAUAGACAGUCCAAAUAUUUCUGAUACAUUUUCAAUAUGUACAUUGUCCUGAAAUGUCCUGCUAUCAAGAAUUGUAUGUAAAUAUUGUUCAACGUCACGUACAAGCAGACCCGAUGCACACUUAAUCUUUUUAUUGUACAAAAGAAACGCGCUGAGGCGUACCAACGCCCCUGUUUCUAUUCAGAGAUACACAAACACAGCCGAAAGCUUUUUUAAAUACGUUGAAAUGUAGUUCAGACCGGUUUCCCCUUGUUUCAUUAUUUUAGGCAAAGGAACGGCAGUUGUCAGUAUGUGUGUUU